AAGAGAUCAAAAACUGAUCAAAUCAAAGUUUACGAACGACUUCAAAAUAUUUUAUUCCUUCAAAAUGAUGGAAUAUGAAUAUGAAAUAGACCCCAGGGGACUACAAGGAAAACCAGGAUCGGUGGUGUUGAAAAAAGACAAGCAAAAUUUAAUUGGAAUAAGCAUCGGUGGAGGAGCUCCUCUUUGUCCUUGCCUGUAUGUCGUUCAAGUAUUUGAUAACACUCCAGCUUCUCGAGAGGGUGUGCUUCAGGCAGGCGAUGAAAUUGUCGGUGUAAAUGGAAAAUCUCUCAGAGGAAAAACAAAAGUCGACGUGGCCCGAGCUAUUCAAGCCGUUAAAGAGGAAGUUACUAUAAACUAUGUCAAACUACAUGCCGAACCAACAGAAGGAAAAACUCUGGAUAUCAUAUUAAAGAAAAUGAAACAUCGUAUAGUGGAGCACAUGAGUUCAUCAACUGCAGAUGCUUUGGGUCUCAGCAGAGCAAUUCUGUGUAAUGAUGGACUGGUUAAAAAAAUGGAGGAACUGGAGCAAAAUUCCAAUAUCUACAAGGGUCUUCUUGAUCAUGCCAGACAGUUUCUACAAAGCUUUUAUAACUUAGCUCAAACACAUAAAGAACUUGGAGAAAUAUUUGCUUCCAUUGGUGUGAGAGAAUUGCAGCCAAAUGCAAGUGAGGCAUUUGCAAUUUUUAGCGAGGCUCACAGAAACUUUGAGAAGCUAGGAAUGGAUUAUCUAAAGAAAGUCAAACCCAUGUUGAGUGAUCUGAACACUUAUCUUUCUAAGGCUAUCCCAGAUACCAAAUUGACUAUCAAAAAAUAUGCUGAUGCUAAAUUUGAAUAUUUGUCAUAUUGCCUGAAAGUAAAGGAGAUGGAUGAUGAAGAAUAUGCUUAUGCUGCAUUGCAUGAAUCACUUUACAGAGUAGAGACAGGAAACUAUGAUUACAGGGUGGUAUUGCGUUGUCGUCAGUUAGCCAGGGAGAGAUUUGCAAAACUACGAUCAGAUGUUCUUGUGAAACUUGAACUUCUUGACCAAAAACAUGUACAAGACAUUGUUUUUCAACUUCAGCGGUUUGUUGCAGCUGUUACAGAAUACCAUGAGAACUGCUAUUCAGUGCUGAAGGAUGCCAAUGUUUUCCCCAUUGAGGUAGAUUUAACAAGAGGAGCACUGGGAAACACACUCAAAUAACUUUCAACUUCAUUUCAUCACACAAAAUGAUGGUGAAGAAAAAAGGGGCAUUAGUAUUGGGAAUAGAAGUUUAACUGAUAUCUCUUCAUCGUCUUAAUUUAUUUAAAGAGCUAUGUAACAGUAUUUGGAGUCUUUUUUGUGUAUCUUUAAAGCUACCUUCAACUUUAUGGGAUUAGUACAGAAUAUAUUAUGUAGCCAAUUAGGCAAAGCUAAUCCAAGAAGGAUUGAAAUUGGCAAAGAAUAGGGAAAAUCAACCCAGAUUGAAAGUAAUAAAUGAAAGAUGUACGCAAUUCACGGUUUUCUUUUUUAGCAUACUGAAAACCAUGACUGUAACCAUUACAACAAGUUUUUCAAAAAAUAUCAUUUCAACAGUUAAGCAACGAGGAGCUCAAUUGCCUUAUUCAGAAUAAAGUUUUUGUAGAAGGUACUGUAUGUGACAGUCUUGUAACUUGCAUGCAUCCAUCAACAAAACCAAGUAUACCAUAAAAUUGGUUUUUUCCUCUGGAGAAAUAAGGUUCUAACCAGUCAAAUUCUAGUUCAAUAUAUUUGGACAAAGGAGGAACCAAAUGAUUAUUAGAGAAAGGCUUACUAUGUGGAGGACUUCUCUGCUGGAUGUAACCUAGUCACAUAGAAUCUUAGGUUGUUUAUGACAAGGGAAGUCAGGUGGGCACCAAAUGGUAUUGUCACUUUUUGUAUCAGAGUUUACUUGUCAAUGUGGAAGAGUAAAAUAUAAAUAUUUGUACACUGCAUAUUUGCAGAGAGAAUGCCAAUGGAAUUAUGUUUAAAGUUCAAUAAAUUAUUGUAGAUUGAAGAAGUCAGUGUACAGUCAUGCAUUUACUCCAUGGUAAUGUUACCAAUAAAGUUUGAGAAACUGGA